CAGGGACACGGCCGGAGUGACGACCAGUGCAGAGACACCGGGACCCAGCCAUCCUGCAAUGAAGGAGGGGGCUCCGCCUGUGUCCGAUCUGCCCGGCUGCUCGAUGAAUUGGUGUGAUGACCCCACUGCUGGACACGCUCAUCCAGCGGGUUGUGCCCUGCUGUCUACACACCAGGCCCCUCCAGCUACAUAACCUGGGCUUGGGUGCAGCUUCUGACGCACGUGCCUGGGGUCCUGCCGGCUCCCAAGCAUGUCAGCUGCUCCGUGCGCUCCGUCCUCAGCCCAGCGCCUCGCCAGGCUCUUCUACGCAUUCAGUUGGGCCGUCGUUUCCUCCCUCCAUCCUCCACAGUCUCGGGGGUCCUGCUUCCUGGUAGCGAAGACCCCGCUGGGGCCCUAGAGGAAAGCACCUCAUAUUCCUGACGUCCUGUCAGGAAGGAGGCCCUUGUCCUUCUCAGUGACCUGCUGCUGACCCUGAGCUACCAGGUCCCCAAGGAGGACACAAGCUGCUCCUUCUCAUUCCUGAGCCCGUCUGCAGCCAAAGUUUGCUCCUUGGUGGGAGUGGCCUCGUUUGUUUCUCGUUGUGGAGCAGCCCAAAAUGUUCAAACGAUCCAAAAAUUCCAAAAAGCAUCGGCCCUACAUGUACUUUUCUCUCCUGGUCCCUUGGGGCGGGGUCUCUGCGCUCCUGUUGUGGUUGACAAACCCAUCCAGAUGCUGGACUCCUCCCUUGAAGUGCAGAGUCUGUGGAAGGCCACCAGCAGUUCUGGGGCCCGCCCUCGGGGGCUCGGUGCAGCCCUGGAUCACAGACUGGGCACACAAGCCUGUGGGUGUGGCCACAGCACAGAGGCUUUUCAGCCUCUUAUGGGGUCUCUUGGAGCUAUUUCAGAAGCACCUGGACACAUACAGCUGGGCAGAGACGCUCCUGAGUUCAUCUGCCGCGCCCUCGACUCUACCUGGCCGCUGGCUCACAGCCUGGUGCUUAAGCCACCCACCUGAUCCACAGCUGGUGGUCUGGAGCCCUGCCCCUUUCUCUAAGCCCCGCCCCCCGGAAUGGACCGGUGUCAGCGCAGAAGCCAGAGGCCAGACAGGACCGAUGAGAAAGAGGCUGCCAGCACUUCCCCAAUCUCUGCUGCCCACUCCUGCUCGUCAGGUUCUGCAAGAUCCCCGUGGAGCGUGGAGCUCUGGGGUGGCUGCAGCCCCGAGAUUGGGCUGGCCCUUCUGGCCGUUGGUGCAAGGACCCUGCCUGGGUCUUGGCGAUGAAGGGCGGGGACGGCUGCUCCGCGGGUGGGCGGACGUGUGCAGACCCCUGGCUCGGUGCAAAGAGUUCCAGAGGCAACGUGGGCUCCGCCCAUCCCGCCCAGGGACCCGCAGCUCAGGAGCGGGGGCUCAGGGGGUGUCAGAGAGGCCACUGGGCUCCCGCGUCCUGGGGCUGGGCCUCCGUCAGCGUGUAUCAGGCUCCGCGCCCUCGUUCUCCUCCACCAGCAAGCAGGCGAUGUCCUUCCACGUUCCCUCUCAGGACCGACUGAGUCUGAUGAAGGGACUCAGAUUUCAUCCGAGGAAGACGUGGUCACGGAGCCGUCCAGCCCGGUGGGUGCAUCGCAACGGCGGGGGCGGGGGCUCUGGGCCACGGCUGCAGGGACGCUGGAGGGUCUGGAGCGGCUGUUGCAGGGGAUGGGGGGCCCAAGGGGCUGCCUCUUCCUGCCCCCACCCCCAGGCGGGGGUCUCCAGGUGACCUCUGCCUCUGCCUGGGGUGGGGAACGGAGGGGGCUUCCGGGCAGGAUUCUCACCAGUGACCUGGGGCCACUGUAGGAAUGGUCGCCUGGCAGUGGGCCUGGCUGUCAUGCCCUCCCCAUCCCCGCCACCCUGGUGUUCUGAGCUCCUGCAGGAUCUCGGGUGCAUCUCCAGGCCUGAACCUGAGCAGCUCAGAGCACUGCGUCUGGGGUGCCCUGGGGUCCUCGGUGCCUGUCCUGGCUCCUGCCUGCAGCACCAGCCCCCCAGCCCCCUGGCCUGAGCUGGAGCGGGGUUCUCGGGGAGGCCGGUGGAUUGGGGCGGCCCUUGGUGGGGUAGGAGCCCUGUGCAGACCCAAUCCUGUGGGAUCCGUGUACCAGCCCAGGGGCUCCAGGCAGGAGUGUGGCCGGCCUGCAGGAAGGCCCUGCUCCGGAGUCUUGCCCCUGUGUCCUCGGGUCCCUGAUAGCUGUGGGGGGCAUUGCCACCACAUCCAUGUGUAUGGCAGCCUCUGCAUGUGGACGACCCAGGCCCUGGGGUCCCCAGACUGAGGGGCUGGCGAUGGCCCGUCAUCCACAUGCGCAGAUCUGACCCUGUACGGGGUUCGGGGCAUGUGACCGUUGAUGCAGGACCUACCCAGGUGCCCACUCCUGCUGACUGACCGCUGCGCUGGGCAGGCAGGUUCCAGAACAGCUCUGACCCCGUCCACGAUGCUCAGCGCAGGGUGCUGGGCGGACCUGCGGGGCUCCAGCCCUGCUGUUGGAGCAGUGUGUCCAGCGCCGUGAGCCCAGCUGCAAGACAGACGGACUCACUCCCCGAGGUCUGGUCAGUGGCCAUUUAAUUAGACCAACUGCCCUGUGCCCGGGGCUUGUUGGCUGCCUCCCCCUGGAUGCGUGGGGCCGGGCUCUCCUGGAGCAGGGGGUGCCAGGGGGGCAUGGGGGUGGGUAUCAGGCUGUCCCUGUUUGUCUGCAGGGCUGUUUGUCACAGAUAGACGGGACCACAGGAGGCCGGCCACGGGGGCAGUGUCAGCACCUGGGGCCAGAGCUCAGGCUGCGCGGCCCAGGAGGGUCAGGCUGCUGGGAGCCCUCGGGCCCAGCACCCGUGACCCACGCCC